AUGCAAGCUGGGACGGGGCAGCACGGCGUCAUCGUCCUGAAUCCCGCCCGACGGCCAUCAUUACCAUCGGGCACGAAGUCGGAGACAGGGCCGGGUGAAUCGCUGGAUCUGCCUGAAAGCAAUGAUCCCGCCACCAUACGAAAGAUUGUCCGGCGACAAGCGGCGCUCGCAUCGGCAGGCCGGCGGAAGGCCACCAUCGCCGCGACGCACCACAAGCGGACGGCCACUGGACCUGGACGGCGGGAUGCUGCUGGCUCACACGCACACGCACACGCAUCUGGAGGGAAGAGAGUCAAGCAAGAAGCCCCUGAGCCGGGCUCGACGCUCGCAUUCCCUCCGCGCACGCCUGUGGAAGUCGGCGCCGCGCGCAUCGACCCCUUCUCGUCACAUGCCAUCGACUUCGACGUGGUGAAGGAUCCGAACGUGCUGCACUCGCUGUUCAACCUCUUCAUGACGCAUGUCGCGCCCCUGCUGGACCUGCGCCUGCCCACGCAGCACGACCGCCGCUAUGGCCGACGAUACUCGUGGCAGACGGAGCUGCCGCACAUGGCCUUGUCCAGCCCCCCGUGCUUCUGGGCGCUGAUGCUCGCCGCCGCCGCGCAGGUCGGCGCGAGAAACGCGGCAGACCCAGGCUCGUCGCUCAUGACCUUGGCCUUCCGCCACAUGGCCAUUCGCAGCAUCAACAAGCGGCUCGAUGCGCCCGCCCAGAACUUCCAGAACGACUUUGGCCUCCUGAUCGGCAUCGCCAUCCUGGGCAGCUGGGAGAAGUGGUGGGGUUCUCAGGACGCCUGUCGAGCCCAUUGCGACGGCUUGAAGCUGCUGCAAUCGCACUUCAAGGAGGACGAGCAGCCACACGAUCUCUUCGCCCAAAUCAUCAGCUUUGCCAACACCUUUGGAUCAGGCGUCACCCCCGAACCCUUCGAGGAAACGACCAGGAUCUUCGAGCUGGAGGCCGACGCCAACAUCGGCUUUGCGUGGAUCUCGGAGAGGACGUAUCUCGACCGGCGCCUGGUCCACGCAGUAUGCAGCUGCCAAUCCAUCGAACGCAUGCCCUCGGGACCCUCCAGGAGCCAGGCCAUCCAGACUCUCGCCUCCUCCAUCACGUGGUUCAACACGAAGCCCCGAGUUCGCGACCUGGUCACGACCAAGGAGACCGACAAAGAAGCCGACCGAAUCAACCUCGAAAUGCAUAUUAUCCUCCAGGCCACCGGCAUAGCCAUGCUGAAUCAUCUCGCCGGCGGACCAGAAGAAGCCGGCACGAAUGAAGUGGACGUGGCGGGAAUGUGCGAUGAGGUCGCAGACCUGGGCCGUAGCGUGUCGUGUCUGCCGCUGUAUGACCAGCUGCUCCUCUGGGCCAUGGUGACUGUAUUCGCGCUGAGCCGCCAUUAUCCUGACGCCGGACUAGCAAUCAUACGCACGGUAACGACGCGGCUCCAGAUUCAUGUCCUCCCUCUCGACGCCAUUGAGACCUACAUGGAAGCCUUCGUCUUCCUCCACACCGCACGCGCCGAGUAUCAUCAACUGCUGUCGCUGGUCAUGACGGAGACUCUCGAUCAAAGUGCUCCCGACCUGUCCGGACCAGAUCAAACAAAACCACGACAUAUUCGACGGCCCCUCGCCCAAACGGAAGCGGCAGAGGUCCUCGACACUCUGAAUGUGCUUCGUAGCUGCCUGAACCACGAGUAG